AGCACUGCUUUCAUUGUUUUUGUUUUUUUUUUAUCAAUUCAAGCAACUUUUCUUAUCACUAAAAAUAAUAUUUGUGCCUUUUCAUUGUUUGUUGUUCAAAUUUUUGCCUAAAAAUGAGUUCAAUUGCUCGAGGUUUUCGUCUCGCUUUGUGCCAAUUCACGGUUGGCAGUAAUAAAGCAACCAAUAUCGCCACAGCUCUGAGUAACAUUCGUCAAGCUGUUGUCGAAAAAGGAGCAAAAGUCGUUGCUCUUCCCGAAUGCUUUAAUUCUCCAUAUGGCACAAAUUUCUUCCCCGAAUACGCUGAAGAAAUCCCAUCAGGCGAAACUUCGCAGAAACUUUCUUCCAUCGCCAAAGAACUCGGAAUUUAUCUCAUUGGAGGCACAAUUCCCGAACGAGACUUACGCGACAAUAAACUCUACAAUACUUGUACUAUUUGGUCUCCUUCGGGAGAUUUACUCGCCAAAUACCGGAAAGUGCAUUUAUUUGACAUUGACAUUCCCGGCGGGAUCACAUUUCGCGAAUCGGAUGUUUUAUCGCCGGGUAAGCGAUUUGCCAUGAUCGAAGUUGACGGUUGCAAAAUUGGGAUCGGGAUUUGUUAUGACAUUCGGUUCAGUGAAUUGGCGCGAAUUUAUCGCAAGAAGGGAUGUGAUGUUCUGCUUUAUCCGGGAGCGUUUAAUAUGAAAACGGGUCCUUUGCAUUGGGAGUUGCUUGGGCGCUCGAGAGCUAAUGACAAUCAAACUUUCGUUGGAUUGAUCUCGCCUUCGAGAGAUGCGAGCGCUGGGUAUGUCGCAUGGGGACAUUCGAUGGUUGUUGAUCCAUGGGGAAAAGUUUUGCAAUCCGCAAAGGAGGGGGAUGAGAUUAUUGUUCAAGAUAUUGAUUGCAAAGUUGUUGAUGAAGUUCGCGCGCAAAUUCCAAUUUCCCGCCAAAUGAGAGAUGAGUUGUACGAAACUGUCGUUAAAGAUCCAAAUGUCUUCGAAAAAGAUUUUUAAGAUAUUAUAAUUGAGUUGAUUAUUGUAUAAAAAUUAUUUUAACAAUAAACCAUUA